AUGCAGUGUACGUUAUUCCGUAAAGUGCUGCAACGGCCGUUUGCCAGGCCGAGAAAAAUCAAUCCGUUCCCCAUAAUAUCAACGAGGACUCAUCUGCAGUACAACCUCCGGCUGGAACAAUGUCUAGCGACGGUAGACGAGCUGUUCCCGAACAAGCCCAACUUUGCUUCACGGCACAUUGGGCCACGCAAAUCGGAUGUCACCAGCAUGCUCAACUUCAUUGGCUUCCAGUCGUUGGACGAACUGUCGGAAAAGGUAAUCCCGGAAGCAAUCAAAUUUAGACGGUUUUUGAACAUUGAAAACCCACUGAGUGAACAUGAGCUGAUUGACCGGAUUCGUGAGAUCGCGGAAGAAAAUCAAGUGUGGCGUUCGUACAUUGGUAUGGGGUACUACAACUGUCUGGUGCCGCAUACAAUUUUGCGUAAUAUUUUUGAAAACCCGGGUUGGACUACGCAGUACACGCCGUAUCAACCGGAGAUCAGUCAAGGUCGUCUGGAAUCUUUGCUGAACUUUCAAACUAUGGUUUCGGAUCUGACGGGUUUGGAUAUUGCGAAUGCAUCUUUGCUAGAUGAGGGAACGGCCGCUGCUGAAGCGUUGAGUCUGUGUCAUCGGUAUACCAAGCGGAAGAAAGUAUUUGUUUCUAGUGAACUGCAUCCACAAACCAUUGCUUGUGUUCGUACUCGAUUGGAAGCUUUCGGUGUAACGGUUGUAGUUGGAUCGAUAAGGGACAUCGAUCUGUCAGAUUCUGAAGUAGCCGGUGUUUUACUACAGUACCCGAAUACGCUUGGAUGCGUUGAGGAUUUUUCAGCAAUUUCGGAAGAGUGUAAAAAGUAUGGAACGUUGGUGGCAGUUGCUACGGAUCUUCUGGCACUUACGAUUUUGAAGCCACCGUCGGAAUUUGGAGCAGAUAUUGCUGUUGGUUCCGCUCAAAGAUUUGGUGUACCGCUUGGGUAUGGAGGGCCCCACGCUGGAUUUUUCGCAUGUACCCAGAAGUUAACACGUAUGAUUCCGGGAAGAAUGGUGGGCUUGACUAGAGAUGCUGAUGGACAGCCAGCUUACAGAUUGGCUCUUCAAACCAGAGAACAACAUAUCCGGCGCGACAAAGCUACAAGUAACAUUUGCACCGCCCAAGCUCUGUUGGCCAAUAUGGCAGCCAUGUAUGCAGUUUACCAUGGUCCGGAAGGUUUGAAGGAUAUUGCCAAUCAUAUUCAUAGGUGUGCCCUUACUUUGAAUUCUGGACUGAAACAAGCUGGUCACGAUCAAUUGAACAAAACAUUCUUCGAUACCCUUCACGUGAUCCCACGAUGCAUGAGUAUACCGGAAAUAAAAUCACGCGCCGGGUUGAAGCAAAUCAAUCUUCGAUAUUUAGAAGAUGAUUCAAUUGGUAUUUCAAUGGACGAAACGGUUAAGGCAUCGGACAUUGCUGAUUUGCUAUGGAUUUUCAACUGUUCUGGUAUUGAACAAACGAUAGAAGAAUCCACCAUUACAGAGGCGUCGAUCCACAAAACCAAAUUCAAACGAACUUCUCCCUUCCUAGCUCAUCCAGUGUUUAACAGUCAUCACAGUGAGUCUUCCAUGGUACGCUACAUGAAACAAUUGGAAAACAAGGACAUUUCUUUAGUCCAUUCGAUGAUACCGCUUGGGUCGUGCACUAUGAAGCUUAACUCAACUACGGAGAUGAUUCCAUGUUCUUUCAGAAAUUUUACCGAAAUUCACCCAUUCGCACCCAAACAACAGGCCCGAGGGUACGCAGAGCUAUUCCAAGAGCUAGAGAAGGAUCUGUGUGAAAUAACGGGUUAUGACGCAAUAUCUUUUCAGCCGAAUAGUGGCGCCCAGGGUGAGUACGCAGGACUUCGGGCCAUCCGAAGUUAUCACGAAUCACGUGACGAACACCAUCGAAACAUAUGCCUGAUUCCUAUCAGUGCUCAUGGAACUAAUCCUGCAUCAGCCCAAAUGGCUGGUAUGAAAGUCGAAGCCAUCAAAGUGCAUAACAGUAGCGGAACAAUAGAUGUCGCACAUCUCAAUGAAAAACUUGAACAACACUCCAAAAAAUUGUCCUGUCUGAUGCUAACGUAUCCCUCCACCAAUGGUAUCUUCGAGAGCAACGUCGUGGAUGUUUGCGAUGCGGUCCACAAGCACGGUGGCCAGGUUUAUCUGGACGGAGCCAACAUGAACGCUCAGGUUGGUCUCUGCCGUCCGGGUGACUUUGGCAGUGAUGUUUCGCAUUUGAAUUUGCACAAAACUUUCUGCAUACCACAUGGAGGAGGAGGUCCUGGAAUGGGUCCCAUAGGUGUCAAGUCACAUCUUGUUGAAUUUUUGCCAACACAUCCGGUAGUUGAUCCAUUCGAGGGACGGGCCAAUCGAAGCUUUGGCGUGGUCAGUGCAGCUCCCUAUGGCAGUUCGUCAAUACUUCCGAUUUCGUGGGCUUAUAUUAAACUUAUGGGUGGGCGAGGACUGCGGCGUGCCACACAAGUUGCCAUCUUAAAUGCAAAUUAUAUGUCCAAGCGAUUGCAGGAUCACUACAAAACUCUCUACGUCGAUACACACUCCGGCUUGGUAGCACACGAGUUCAUCAUAGACGUAAGAGACUUCAAGAAAACGGCGAACGUCGAGGCAGUCGACAUCGCAAAACGACUAAUGGAUUACGGAUUCCAUGCACCCACCAUGUCUUGGCCUGUAACGGGUACGCUUAUGGUAGAACCAACCGAGUCAGAAGACAAAGACGAAUUGGAUCGAUUUUGCAACUCGAUGAUCUCGAUAAGAGAGGAAAUCCGGUGCAUUCAGGAAGGACGAAUGGAUGCUCACAUCAACCCACUGAAGAUGGCACCACACACGCAGAAGCAAACCAUCUCCUCGGAGUGGAAUCGGCCAUAUCCCAGGGAGCUAGGGGCAUUUCCUGCACCGUUCGUUCGGCCCGAAACGAAAGUUUGGCCCACCGUUGGCCGGAUCGAUGACCAGUAUGGAGAUAGGAACCUAGUGUGUACCUGUCCACCGAUGGUUGAAAAUUAUGAAUGA